AAAAAAACUAAUGUACUGUUUAUAACAUACAGAGUAGACUAAUUCCCUUUUCUUCAUGAUGUGUUCUGUUUAGAUCUUACAUUUAGUUACAACCAUGUUAGAUUCCAUUCCAAAUCACUUGUUUGCCAAUAUACUUUUAAGGCUGCCUUUUGAAUCCCUUCUUCAAUCCAGGCGCGUUUCAAAGUCAUGGCGAUCUUUGAUCGACAGCCCUGAAUUCGUGCGAAUGCAUUUUGAUGCAUUCCACCUCAAAUCAUCAAAAUCCCAAGAUAAUGAAACUUUCAGGAUUGUUUCCUCAACUCGAAACAAUUUCUACACUCUAGAUUUUGAUGACAUUGGGGCUGGUAAGGCCAUUGCCAAGCGUCUCAAGCCUCCAUUGGAUCAUCUGGGAAGUGAUGAAGUUCGUUUAGUUGGCUCGUGCAACGGCCUUCUUUGCUUAGUCUAUCCAAAUAGCUCCACAAUUUUAGUGUGGAAUCCAUGGAUUCAGAAGGCUUGGGAGUUGCCUUCUCCCCCUGUUGAAUAUUCCAUGUUCGGAGGAGCCGAUUCGCUUCUAGGAUUCGGGUAUGACAGCGUCAAUGACGACUACAAAGUGUUCAAUAAGAUGAGAUUUUAUGACGUGUUUGAUGAAGAUCAAUCGACUUGGUCUGAUGAAGUCUAUGUAUAUUGCUUCAAGUACAGCUCAUGGAGGAAGAUGGAGCAUUUCCAAACUAAUUAUACGCCGUCGAAUUCUUUCUUUAUACCGCGAGACGGUAGUUUUGUCAGCGGUGCAUUGCACUGGAUGGGAGGAAAGGAUCAGAAUGGUGUAAUCGACAUAAUGGCAUUCGAUCUUAGCACCGAGGAAUUUCGAAAAAUGGCCUGCCCUCGACAACCAGAAAGAUCUUUUAUUUACCCACACAAAUUGGUAGCCUUAAAUGGCUUCCUUUGUUUUGUCUCCUUUUACUAUGGAGAGGAUGGAGGAAAAUGUGUUGAUUUAUGGUUGAUGGAGGAGUAUGGAAAAGUUGAAUCUUGGAUCAAGUUGACUACAAUUAAAUUGGGAUACACUGACAUGAUGCAUAUGUUUUGCGGAUUUACUCCUCUAGCAUAUUCGAAAAACAGCAGAGGCUUGCUUUCGCAGAUUGAUGGGGAAAAGUUUUUGGUUUACGAUUUUGAGACACAAAAAAUGAGUGAUUUACGCAUAGAUGGUGCACAAGUAAGCUUUCUUCAUUCAGUUGUAAAUGUUGGAAGCCUAAUUAGGCCACAUUACUAGUAGGUCAUUACUGUGUCUUAAAAGAGAAUGUUGGCC